CCACCAUGCAAGUGCGCCUAGGUGGCUGCGCUAGACAUGCGCAGAACUGUACACCGGAAAAUGAGCUGGCCAGAAGCUCGUGUGCGUGCAUGUCCAGCCCACCCCGUUCCUCGACUUUACUCGAUCACCCAGGCGCUCAUGCGUUUCAUGGACCUUCUGACGAAGCACUGAAUUCUCGAGUCUGGGGCUCAUCUUCCUGUUAGGCCAGAUUGUACAAGACACGCGUAUCUACCGUCACGCAAUGGCUGGAAAGAUUGUGGUAGCAGUUGAUUUUGGUACCACAUAUUCCGCCAUCGGAUAUGCCUUCGUUGCGGACGGGUCCGAUCCAGGCGACAUAGUGUUAGAUGUUAUCGAUAAAGGCUGGCCCGGACAAGGCCGCCGAAGAUCACCAAAAAUUCCAACUGUCUUCACGCUGGAAAGGAACACGUUCAAAUAUGGUUUCCAAGUGCAGCAUGACCCGGAUCGGGUCUGCUUCGCGAAGCUGUUUCUCGACCCUACGCAAAUCGAACAAGCCCAACAUCUUGCCAAGUUCACCGCUGUUUCGACAAGCUUGUCCAUAGCGAAGCUUUCGGAUUGCGUCACCAGAUAUCUCCGGUGCUUACGAGAGCGAGCGUUCGAACAUAUGGUUAAAGAAAAGGGAUGGACGCAGGACUUCAUCAAAGGGACGCCUCAUGACUACGUCCUGAGUGUCCCUGCUAUCUGGUCGGAUAAGGCCAAAGAUCGCACGCUGAAAUGCGCUCUUAGUGCCGGUUUCGGCGACGAGAGUGAUCCGUCCAGCAUCAAGCUCGUCCUGGAGCCCGAAGCUGCUGCCGUCUAUACAAUUACCACGCUCCCCAACUGCGCUCUGAAAGUGAAUGAUGUUUUCGUUGUAUGCGAUGCAGGUGGUGGCACCGUCGACCUUGCGACAUACCGUAUCACAACCUUUCAGCCUUCACUGCGCGUGAACGAGGAAGUCGUCGGAAAAGGCGAGCUUUGCGGCUCCGUUAUGCUGAAUCGUCGUUUUAUGGAAUUCGUGGAGAAGAAGAUCGGCCCAUUUGCGCAGGAGUUCCAGGACGACAUUGAACGAGAAUUCAACGAUGUGAUAAAGCCUGCUUUCAACGGAGACGACACCGUAUACAGACUCGAAGUCGAUCCGGAGCUGCCCGAUAACCCAGCAGAAGGAAUAGCGAAUGGAAGCCUUACCGUCACAAGCGAAGAUCUAGUAAAAAUCUUCGAGCCGGUGGUUGAAUCGGUCCUUAUCCUGUUGGCAGAGCAGGUAGAAGCCGUGAAGGGCGCGGCGCCCGGGAGGAAGAUGCCUGUCCUUUUAGUUGGUGGCUUCGGAAGCAGCGAGUAUCUGAAGAUGCGGAUAUCACAGCAGUUCAAGAACUGCACUGUGCUGCAGCCUCCUGACGCCUGGUCCGCCGUUGUGCGUGGCGCCAUACUUCGCUCGAUGAUCCAGAAUAGGAAGAUCCGGUGUGCAUACGGCGUGAUGGCACGCGAGAAAUGGUCUCCAGAGAAACAUGAGCAAGGCCCUCUGGCGCCUUAUGCCGCAGAUUACAAGGUCUGGGACGCAUUCGAGCAGAAAUGGACAUGCAAGAACCGAAUGACGUGGUACGUCAAGAAGGGUGACCAGUUCAACGAGACUAAAACUGUAUCAUUCAAGUUCUAUAGGAACGUCGGCCUGCACCAUAAUUUGAAAUUCGAGAUCGACCUCUGGGCGUAUCCAGAGGGUAGAGAGGGUGAGGAUGGACCGCCUUUCAAAGAUCUGGAUUGUCGACGGAUCGCAAUAAUGAAGCCGGACCUUUCCGUGAUUCCGAAGGCGUCGCUGGAGAAGCGCCAGUCCCCGGAGGGGCCUUACUACAAGGUCUUAUAUCAGCUGGAGAUGAGUUUUGAUACGACGAUUUCGUUCAGGCUUCGAUAUCAAGACCAAUUGUAUGGGAUGGUAGAGACUGAGUACCUAGAGCCCGAGAAUGAUGGAGGGAUACGGAGGGAGUAGGCUUGCGGACGGGGAAGGAGAUCAUCGAGAUCUGGAGCAGAUGCCUUUGCUUUCCUAUGUAUUUCUCACGUACACAGCCUCACGAUAUGAAUUCCAG